AUGGCCAAUAAGUUUUGCUUUGAGGCACUUGAUAAAAGUUUGAAAGAUAUAAUGAGUGAAACUAAUAACGGGACAAAUCCAAUUUUUGGGGGAAAAGUCAUUGUAUUUGGCGGUGAUUUUAGACAGAUCCUACCUGUUGUACCAAGAGGGAGUCGGUCUGAUAUUAUUCACGCUACCAUUAAUGCGUCUUACAUAUGGGACUAUUGUAAGGUCUUGAAACUUACAAAGAAUAUGUGGCUACAAAGUGGUAAUUCUACCUCAUCAAUUGAAGAAGUUGAACAAUUCUCAAAUUGGAUACUUCAGAUAGGUGAUAGCAAAGUUUUGGAAACUAAUGAUGGUUAUGCUGAACUUUCAAUUCCUGAAGAAUUUCUAAUCUUUAACUUCAAUGACCGAAUAGAAGCAAUUGUUUCAAGUACCUAUCCCAAUUUGGUGGACAACUACAAAGACCCGCAUUUUCUACAAAGUAGAGCUAUUUUGGCUUCAAGAUUGAGGUCGUCGACGAAUUAA